GACUUCAAGGUCGUAUCCCAAAAGCAUUGAAGGGCGAAGUCUUCACGACUAUGCAACACAGCUUCGUAACCUUGUUGAUACGGGAUGAGGUUGACUGGAUGGAACCUGGCUCCGACCACCCUCCAAUAAAAGCUGCCUCUUCCAUACCAUCCAUGAAUAUUAUGGCAGUUCCUAACACACUUUACCACAAUUUCUGUUGUCUUUGAGAACCUUGCGGAAAACAUGUUUCAAAGUGUAAAUCAGAACAUGCACCUUGAAGACAACCGAGACAGUUUUCAUUCCUAAGUAUCGGUUAGAAAUUGGCAUGGCCUGAGUCAAGCCACAACGGCGCCGCAGCAUCAGGCGUUGGACCAACUCGUUUCCCUGAUCAGAAUUGGGAGCUGACUCAGCAUCAUCGCCAGGUCAAUUGCCGUCAGGCCUUGGAUGCCUCAGGAUGCCCACUAAGAUCUUCUCCGUUCAGGAUGUCCCUUGUUGUCACUAGUUUCCCCCUCACCUCGUCCGUCUCCCCAUCGAUUCUCGUCCUGGACUCGGGAUCGAUCGAUUUCCCGGGAAAAUCCACGCCGUGCUGCCAUGUCUCACCAGAGGCGGCCCAAGCUCCCAGCUGGCCCAUUGUGCAGUCUCUCGGCCUCAUUGUUCGCCUCCGCUGCCUCCCUCACACGGCCUUGACUGGACGCAUGCGGACUACCCAACUAACUACCAGGAUCGCCUCCCUUUUUAUCGUCGUGCGGACGAACCUGGCAACUGGGAAGAGGAGUGAGGAGACGGAGGGAGGCGACCCAGCAAAGGCGAGCAGACGCAGGAGACGCAGCAGACCAGAGAGGAGGUGCCCACUCGGAACCUUUUACCCACACCUCCCACCCACCCUCUUGGAGCCCGGCCGCCCGCCAACCUGGGGUACCUGGGAUUCCGGUGAUGGCGGCGCGCAGCUCGAGGUAUCCGCCCACGGCAACCGGCCCCUACGGAUACCCUACGGACCACCAAGCCCACCGAGCUCCAGCACCCAUUUUCCUUUUUUAAACCUCCGGGCCUGGGUGCUGGGUGCUGGGAGUGUACCCAGUGAGCCAGCCGUCCGCCGGAUGAUGGAAUCGAUGACUGUGACUGUGACUGUGACGGCCCCAGUGCUCCAUUCUCCAUUCUCCAUUCUCCAUUGUGCCGUCGCCCUUUUUGCCCCAAGCUGCACAGCUGCCAGCUCCAGCUCCCAGCUCCCACCACCAAGCUCCCCCAGCUCUCCCCAGCGCGCCCUCACGCCCUCCCGCUCCCCCGACUCUCCUCCUACGCUCCUCUCUCUCCUCUCCCUCCCGUCUCCCUCCCGUCUCACACCAACCUCUCUCUCCUCCCUCUUCUCCUCCAUCUCACUGUUUCUCAAAUCAUCUCCCUUCCAUACGCCGAGUUCUCCUUCCACCAUGGUUCGCAGCCGACGAGGUCAGCCCGAGGAGGAGGAGGAGCUCGUCUCCCUCCCCGAGGACUCCGAUGCUGAGGAGGAAGAGGAGUACAUCUCCACUGGAGACGAGGCUGGCGGCGCCGAAGAAGAGGAAGAGAGCGAGGAGGAUGCCGAUGAGGAAGAGGAUGAGGAAGCCGAAGAGGGCGAUAAGCCCAACGGCAAGGCCGAGGCCAAGGCCAAGCCUACUAACGGCGCCAAGGCCAAGGCCGAUGACGAGGAGGAGGAAGACGACGAAGAAGACGCUGAGGGCGCCGACGACGACGAGGCUCCCAAGGCCAAUGGCGAGGCCAAGGAGACCAACGGCAAGCGUGACACGGCCGCUGCCAACGAGGACGCCCCAGCUGAUGGUGCUCGGUUCGCCUCAGCCAGCGGCGGAAUGUACACGGGCGUCGAUGUGUCUUGGGCGAUGGGCUCGGGUUGGGGGUAA